AUGAAGAUAAUUAUAUAUUUUUGCAUUUGGUCAGCAGCAUGGGCCAUUCCAGUUCCUCAAAUCAAGCCACUGGAGAGACCUGCUGUUGAUAAAUCUGUGAAUGUAAAUCUUCUAGAAAAAGCAAAAGUGCCAAUACAGGAUGAGUUAAAUGCCAAUGACACCAACAAAGAAGGUGGUGUCCUCCAUGAAAAUGAAAGAGGAAGGCAACAGUAUGUCAAAGAUGGUUACAAAGGAGAAAAAAAUGACUCUGAGUGGGCAGAAGUAGGAGGGAAAAUUUCCUCUACACAUCCCAUGUUAGUAAUUGAAGAGGGGAAUACUGAAGAUCAAAAUGGGGUCACAGGAAAACUAGAAACAUAUGGUUAUGAUGGUCCACAUGGAAAAGAAGGUAGCACCACAGCAAAUGGCAUUUGGGGACAAGAAAGCAUUAUCGACAAUGCUGGAAUUGUAAAUGGGAGCAAUAUUAAUAGAAAUACUGAUAAGAAUUCAAACAAUGGGGAUGCUGGAGAUGCAAGUCAGAGUGAGGAUGCCACUGUUGUCCAAGCAGAUGGACAUCAAAUAGCUGGAAGCAAAAACAGUACAGGCCAUGAGAAUGAAAUAAAUAGGAAUUCCUGUGGAAGUGAAGGCAAUACAAGUGAAAUAACACCUCAGAGAGAAGGUGAGGGAAAUUGGAAUCAGGAGGCAGGAGUAACACCAGGGGGAAGUGGCGCUGGCAAUGGAGGAGAUGCUGGCCUGGAUAAUUCUGAUGGGAGUCCCAGUGGGAAUGGAGCAGAGGAGGAUGAAGACAAAGGCUCUGGUGAUGAUGAAGGUGAAGAAACAGGGAAUGGAAAAGAGGACACUGAUAGCAGCAAGGGCCAAGAGGGUCAGCCUUCUGGAAAAGAAGAUAACGAUAAUAGCUUAGGUCAAAAUUCAAUGAGUAGUGAAGAUUACGACCCUCAAGACAAAGAAGAUCCCCAUGGCACUGAUGGAGACAACACUUCCAAGAGUGAGGAGGAUUCUGAUAGUAUUCCCAAAGCCAAACAUAGCCAAAUAAUAGAAGACAUGCAAAAACCCAAUCACAGAGAAAACAAAGCUGUGGAAAAGAAAAUCACUGAUAAAUUAGAGCCAAGUGCUAUUGGGAAGAGGCAAGAUAAGGGAAUAGAAAUGGAAGGUCCCAAUAGUGGCAACAGAAACAAUAUAACCAAAGAAGCUGGGAAAGUCAGUGAAGAUAAAGAGAGUAAAAGACAACUUGUAAUGGUCAUGGGCAAAGGAAAUGUCAAGACACCAGGAGAGAUUGACAAUGUACAAGGACCUGGUCAGAAAUCAGAACACGGAAGUAAGGUUGCACAGAGCAAAACAGGUAGUGACAGUACUAGUGAUGGAUAUGACAGUUAUGAGUUUGAUGAUAAAUCCAUGCAAGGAGACGAUCCCAACAGCAGUGAUGAGUCUAAUGGCAAUGAUGAUGCCAAUUCUGAAGGUGACAAUAACAGUGAUAGCCGAGGAGAUGCUGGUUAUAACUCUGAUGAAUCAAAAGAUAAUGGCAAUGACAGUGACUCAAAUGGAGGAGAUGAUGAUGACGACAGUGACAACACAUCAGAUGCUAAUGAUAGUGAGAGUGAUGGCAAUGGUAACAAUGGGAGCAGUGACAAUGGCAAAUCAGACAGCAGCAAAGGUAAAUCAGACAGUAGUGACAGUAGUGACAGCAGCGAUAGCAGUGACAGUAGUGACAGCAGCGACAGCAGUGAUAGCAGUGAUAGUGACAGCAGCGACAGCAGCGACAGUAGUGACAGCAGCAACAGCAGUGACAGUAGUGACAGCAGUGAUAGUGACAGUGACAGUAGUGACAGCAGUGACAGCAGUGAUAGUGACAGUGACAGUAGUGACAGCAGUGACAGCAAAUCAGACAGCAGCGACAGCAGUGACAGUAGUACUAGUAGUAACAGCAGUGACAGCAAAUCAGACAGUAGUGACAGCAGUGACAGUAGCGACAGCAGUGACAGCAAGUCAGACAGCAGCGACGGCAGUGAUAGCAGCGACAGUAGCGAUAGCAGCGACAGCAAGUCAGACAGCACUGAUAGCAGCGACAGUAGUGACAGUAGUGACAGUAGCGACAGUAGCGAUAGCAGCGACAGCAAGUCAGACAGCAGUGACAGCAAAUCAGACAGUAGUGACAGCAGUGACAGUAGCGAUAGCAGUGACAGCAAGUCAGACAGCAGUGACAGCAGCGACAGCAGUGACAGCAGUGACAGUAGUGACAGCGAGUCAGACAGCAGUGAUAGCAGCGACAGCAGUGACAGUAGUGAUAGCAGUGACAGCAGUGAUAGCAGUGACAGCAGCGACAGCAAAUCAGACAGUAGUGACAGCAGUGACAGCAGCGACAGCAGUGACAGCAAGUCAGACAGCAGUGACAGCAGUGAUAGCAGUGACAGCAGUGACAGCAGUGAUAGCAGCGACAGCAGUGACAGCAGUGAUAGCAGUGAUAGCAGCGACAGCAGUGACAGUAGUGACAGCAGUGACAGCAGUGACAGCAGUGAUAGCAGUGACAGCAGCGACAGCAGUGACAGCAGUGACAGCAGUGAUAGCAGUGACAGUAGUGACAGCAGUGACAGCAGUGAUAGUAGUGAUAGUAGUGACAGUAAAUCAGAUAGCAGUGACAGCAGUGACAGUGAUAGCAGUGACAGCAGUGACAGUGAUAGCAGUGACAGCAGUGACAGUGACAGCAACGAUAGCAGUGAUAGCAGUGACAGUGACAGCAGUGACAGCAAGGAUAGUAGUGACAGCAGUGACAGUGCAUCUGAUAGUAGUGAGGGUACCAACAAGAGCAAAUCUGGUAAUGGCAACAAUGGAGGUGACAGUGAUAGUGACAGUGAAGGCAGUGACAGUAAUCACUCAACCAGUGAUGAUUAG